UCUAGAAAUAAUUAGAAUUUUCGGUUUGAAGUAUAUAAACUGGAAAACAGUUAAUGUUCGUUAAUAGAUUCGAAUUUUGCUAGACAGUUGCGAACUAGCUGUGAGUAAUUUUCAGCGCUUUAUUCCUGCAUUCGUGCCAUUUUACUACUUUAUUCAUUGACAGUUUUGGUAGUGGUUCCUGAUCUAGCGAAGAAAAAUGUUUGCCAGACUUUUGCGUGAUAUGUAUGAUCCCUUCGACUACCGCUAUGGAAUGAGUGUAGGUCCUAGUCUUCUACUUGAUGAUUAUGUGAGGCCAUCUCAAGUGCACUUGAACAUUGUUCGACCCCGCCGUCAAACCAGCGUAACAUCGAAGGAUGCCGAUAGCAAGAAAGACGCUAAUCAAUUCAAAGUCAUGUUGAACGUAAAGCACUUCCGACCUGAUGAAAUCGAAGUCAAGACGGUGGACAACUUCAUCGUAAUCCAUGGCAAACAUGAAGAACACGCUGACGAACAUGGAGUUGUGUCCAGAGAAUUCACCAGACGCUACCAGCUACCUGACGACGUUGAACUUCAAAAGGUAAAAUCGUCUCUUAGCCAAGAUGGAGUGCUGACCAUCUCUGCUCCAAGAAAAGCCAUUGAAUCACCUCCCAAGAAUGAAAGAGUAGUGCCAAUUAUUAUCCAGCAACCUGCAGCUGUCGAAGCAGCGCAGAAAAAGAAACAUCAAAUCCAAGAGCAGCAGACAGCCGAACCGCAAAGUUCCGAGGAGCAAAAGUAACUGUUUUCGUAUUCUAAUUAACUUAUGAACUGUAAUAAGGCCAGUAUUGGACAUUUGAUAGGAGCGUCAUAAUGACUUGUCAUGUGGAUCAUUUCAUUUUUGUUAAUAUGUAUAUCGGAUGUACAGAAUUCAUGUUUGUGUAAUGUGUUUAAAUUUUCUAAUAAAUGAGCAAAAAUUUGUCUGUUUA